GUGGCAGUUCAGUCAGUACUCACAAGUAGUGCUGUGUGGAGCAGGACCCCAUUUGUCAUGCGUGUUUUGUACAGAAUCAGAAUCUGGACUUGUGGUAAGUACUGGGUGCUCACCAACGUCGUGAAUAUGGGGUGCAAUUAUUUUUUCACUGGAUGGAGCUGUUGGUGCAGUCGUUGCAGGUAUCCUAAGUAAAAAUGUCCCCAUCGCAGAAUCAAGUUAGGAUCAGCAUGAAACACAAAUCCAGAAAUUUUGGAAGUCACGCAUGACAACUUUCUCGCACAUUAGCAAGGGCGGCCAUCGCCCCAGUAACAGUAUCCUGUUUACAGCAUUAGAAAUGCCAAAAUAUCAUUGCAACUAGCUCUCUUGGGGAUCCGCAUUACAGGCGAUCCUGUAAUUGCAACUCUGCAUGACAACUCUGGGUUAGGGACGUUUUUGCUCAGGAUGGCAGACUUACCGCUUUUACGCCCUGACCCACGCGGAGAUCGCAAAGUUGCGCAUGGCAACGGUAUAAGAUUGAAACAGAGUGCCCCGUAGUCAGAAACUUUGAUAGAUUGCAGUACCGCGGGCAACUACUUAGUGGAAACUUCUGCAAAUGCAAAUGGUACUACAGGUCCUCUGGCAAGAACAUCAUCCAGAUAUAACAAUUAUUUCCGUGACUUAGUCGUGAUCCAGAGUCUUACAACUGGGCUGUUGCAGCUGCUGCCGCUACAGGGCGAGCUUCGCAACCCCUAGUUUUUUGCAGUACAAACGCUCGCUGUCCUCCUGUACAUCAAUAAACUUGCAUGUGCACGAAGGGCAUGAAAAUCCCCUACGGUAAUUUUCUGGGGCCGGGGCGGUUUGCGUUCUGAUAGACGAUCGGGGAGGUCUUCGAGUUCCAGCGCAGAGCCGGG